UGCUGUACUGUAAUCAUAUGAUAGGGAGUCGAUCCCCGGCCGCUGCAGAAUACCGACACACCGGGCGGACGAGCGGAGAAGGAUGGUAGAUUUAUAGCUGUUAAAAGAAGUGCGUGGAGUCGGUAAAAAAAAGUGUCGCCUGCAGUGUCAAAGUGAGCGAAACUCCCUCAGAAAGGAACUUUUUUCAAACUCUGGAGAGAGACAGAGAGAGAGAGAGUGAGUCGGACUUGAAGGGGGGAACCGUUUGGAAGAAGAGAGGGCGCUCACACGAAACGUUAACCGAAGGACAGUCGAUUUAACGGGGGCUGAGAGAGGCGGUCAGCGGGUCGCGGCCGGUGGUAUCCCCUGGGCUCCUCGCAUCGCUGCUUCUCGGGGAGAGAGUGAGAGAGAGAGAGAGAGAGAGGGAGUGUGUGUGUGUGUGUUUUUUACAUUUAGUUGUUUUUAAGUUUUAGCUAGGUCACUUUUUGUUUUAUAUAUAAAUAUAUAUAUAAAUAUAUAUAAAUAUAACUGAAGCAAAAGCCAUGGUCGGGGAGACAGAGGUGAAGGAGAGACCCAAGUCCAACCCGGACUAUCUAAUGCAGCUGAUGAACGACAGGAAGGUGAUGAGUUCCCUGCCCAACUUCAGCGGCAUCUUCACGCAUCUGGAGCGGCUGCUGGAUGAAGAAAUCGGGAGGGUACGCAAGGACAUGUACAACGACACAGUGAACGGAGGCAUGUUCAACGGGCGGGACAUGGAGGAGCUUCCUGAAGCUAUCGGUCCCGUAGCGCAGCUGCAGGAGAAGCUCUAUGUGCCUGUCAAAGAGUACCCCGAUUUCAAUUUCGUAGGGAGGAUCCUCGGCCCACGUGGACUGACGGCCAAGCAACUGGAGGCAGAAACCGGCUGCAAGAUUAUGGUUCGAGGAAAGGGCUCCAUGAGAGACAAGAAGAAGGAGGAGAUGAACCGAGGGAAGCCCAACUGGGAGCACCUCAGCGAGGACCUCCACGUCCUGAUCACGGUGGAGGACACACACAACCGGGCCAAGAUCAAACUCCAGCGGGCCAUCAAUGAGGUCAAGAAACUUCUAGUACCCGCUGCUGAGGGGGAGGACAACCUGAAGAAGAUGCAGUUGAUGGAGCUGGCCAUCCUCAAUGGAACCUACAGAGACGCCAAUGUCAAGACGCCCACCGCCGCCUUUCCUCUAGCGACCCCUCAGGCGCCUCGAAUAAUCACAGGCCCGACACCCGUCCUGCCUCCCACCUUGCGCAACCCAGCUCCUGUCACCACGCCGACCAUCAUGCCCCUGAUUCGUCAGAUCCAGAGCUCCACCCUCGUGCCGGGAGCCAAUCCGCAUGCAGCACUAGUGCAGCAAGGACCUGAAUCUGGAAUUAUCUACACGCCUUAUGAGUAUCCCUACACACUCACGCCCUCCAUAUUGGAAUACCCGAUUGACUCAACUGGAGUAUUAGGUAUGGCUUUCCCAACCAAAGGCUAAGCGAUAGCAACCCUUCCUAGCACACACACGGACUGGCUUGCAGAGACCCCCUCCCCUCCCCCUCCCCUCUUACCCCCCUACAUACUUGUCCUACAGGGCAAACACUAAAAGUUUGCUCAUACUUUAGGAUGACAGAUUCCUCGACAGUCAUUCUGUAGUCAAGUGUCCAUUCCUUCGCUCAUUACUCUGUUAAUUUCCUCUUUGUAUUAGCAGACUAGUGUUGUGGUGUGACAGCAUAACCUAUUUAACUUUUUUUAAUAGUUCAGCUUCCGCUUGUAAUUUUAACACAUUUUAGUGAACCCAUAGAUAUUUUAGCGCCGCUGUUUGUGAUUUAAUAUACUGUAUGUUAAAGCUUAUUUUGAUCACAAAGCUAUAGAGUGACUUUGCUUACAGCUGAUAUUGAAUCUACUAGUGAAGCUUAGUGAGAAAUUAGUGGUUUGGAUUAAUCUUUUCUUUAGAGAACAGAGCAGAAGACCACAAAACAACAAGAAAUUCUGCCUCUUAGAAGCGUGAUGUUUGACUUAUUUUCACCCUCAGCCUUGAACACUUUGUAAAUUCAUGGUUUCACUGAUGUUGGUGCCAUGGGUGGACUGUCUGAUGUCUUUCUGAUGAGUAACCUUCUGUGUUCUGUUUUGGCAAUGUCAUCGCGCUGUUAGCAGGUGCCAUGACCACUAAGGUACGACGCCACGACAAGAGAAUCCAUCCUUACCAAAGGGUAGUGACCACAGACAGAGGUUAGUUAGCUCACCAGCCACUUUAUGUGUGUGUAUGUGUGUGUGUUAGUGUGCGUGCAUGCAGACCAAUGGACCAAUUUCAGUUUACAUGUGUCUGUAAUACGGCAUGCCUAAAAAGAAAUAACUGUAUCAGGCAAAAAGGUCACACGCUGAAGCAGCUUCAGUGUAAAAUGUGAAACAGUAUUUGUUGCAGUGAAAGUGAAAUAAGUGAGCAGAUUGAGAGGAACCAUGUUAGGGGUGACAGCUGCAGUGGUUAUCUUUGCUCGCCUGUUAGAUAAACUGGACGGCUUGCAGGCCGGGACCCUCUCAAUUAGAAUGGAUCACUCCAUUCAUGUGACUCGGUCCUUGUGACUCUGGAUUUGGAGUCCUCUCAGAACUUUUUUUUUUUUUGUUGUUGUUUAUCUCUUCACUACUACUUUUUACCCUACAAAUACUGUGGGAAGUUUUAUUUAUACCCAACUUCAUUCCAGUAGAUUUCCACAAAAUGUAUUUUUUAUUAUUAAUUAAUUCCUGUGUUGUGCCCAAUGACUAUAUGAUACUUAAAGUAACAGUGAUUGUUUCCUAAAGGUCAUUCAAUUCAAGUGCAUUAUGAUCUUUGGUCUUUACUACUAAAACACAGCGUGUGAUAACUACUGAAGUCUGUGUUACAAGCUCUUUUGUAUGAAAUACUGUUGUUUGUGGUCUUAUCAGUCACCCACUGGACUUUAUCAUUGGGACUGUUUACAUCUUUCAUAUAUUUCCUAGCCAGAGUGGUGCUGUUACCAUGUAUUUAGCUGCAAAAUAAAUUUGUAUAUAGGGAUUUUAAGGAUUUAAGUGCUUAUAUGAAGCUUAUGGAACAAAAUCGCUUGGAAAUACUUGUAGUAUUUUUUUUUUUUUUUUUUUUUUUUUUUUUUUUAGUUUUUUUAGUUUGUAAAUUUUUAUUUUUGUUUUUACGGUAUGCUUUUUAUAGAUGAAGUGUCUCCAUGUAAACUUCAAACUUUAUUCAAAGUGUGUAGCUACUACUGUUUUAGUCACCGCGAAAGGUGGCAAUGAAGGCAGUGUUUUGCUCUGUGUAUUUAAGAUGAGGUGACCUUCUCAAUUCACAGGCCUCGUGACUGUUUUAUGCAAUAGAAAUGGACUAGCUAGCUACAUUAUGUGUGUGUGUGAGCAGUGGUGCUCUUGUUGUACACGAUGGACAAAAAACACUAAAAGGCAAUAAAGAUGACUAUUGAAAAAAAUCUCUAAAGCAAACCAAAGCCUCUAAAUUCUUGUAGUUAGACUGUCUAUUGUUAAAAUGUUUCUUAAGUCCCUCUAAAAUCACCAUCUCUUAACCUCUCAUCGCUGUCUCUUAUGGUGCCUCUUUGCUUACUGUAGUUAUUAGGUGCUCUUCUAAUACUUCAUAGCAAAAAGAUCAAACCAUAAUCAAUAAUCAGUAAACCUUAAUCACAACUGUUAAUCAUCAAGAUCUUAUGCCUGCUGCUAAACAACAGCUCUAGCUGUCAGUGAGUGAAAGUAUUUCUGAGGCCCAGACACUUCUCUUUGGACAUAAAGGUCACUCUCUCACCCACAUGAAACCAUGCUGUCUCCCUCUCUGUCCAUGGUUUCACUGUCUGUCUGCUAGACGUAGCACAGCUAGCAUGAGUAGUUUCACUAUAGCAGCAGUCACAUGAUAGGAGGGGUAUCUCCUAAAACCUACCCAUGCAAACACCUUCAUGAGCGCAUGUGAGCAUCGCUAACCAGCCAUUCCUUAUGUCAACACCCGGUGGUUGAUGUAAGUCCUUGUGAAUGGUUGUGCAUGGCUCAUGAAGGUGUUCUGCUGCUCCUACCUCGUGCCCCUUGUGCUGUGUGACUGCAGUAGAUCUGCCUUGUUGUCAUCCUGACGCCACUAGCUGACACUAAUCUCUUUUCUAUCUUUUUUUCUUUUUAUGUCCCCUUUUAUGUGCCCUUUUUUUCCUUUCCACGUCUGUCCGUCUCUGUCUGUCUAA